AUGAGUUCAGUAGCGUCUGGUAGGGAAGACCAUGACUACGAUUCACAGCAGGAGCAGCCCCAUCACCACGAAGAUCACAUUGAAGCUCCCCAGGGUGAACAGGUACACAACCAUGAACUUGAGCGUGACAUUUCAAACGAUAUUCAUGAGUCUUCAGGUACAAAUGUAGGCCAUCAAGAGGAGCAUCAUUUCUCCCAGCUACUUCGCAAGGAGAUGCCCACGGUUCCCAAACAAGAAACUAAUUUGAGUAUCGAUGAACUUGACAAGAUGAUUUCUGAUUCCAUAAACCACGACUCGAACUACUUAGAUAGCGAGAACCGUGAAAAAAGAGGAAUCGACCAAGUUGAAGAGCAUGAGGCUGAGAGUAACAAAAGACACAGGCAGCAUGAGCAGGAGUUGGAACAGUUAGAGCAGCAGCAUAAAGAGUUGGACCAGCAGCAACAGCAGCAGCAGCAGCAGCAGCAACAGCAGCAGCAAGAACACGAGCAAGAUCAAGUACAGCAACAACAGCAACAAGAAGCACAGGAUCACCAACAACCAAGUGAGCUCGAAGAGCCACAAGAAGCUGACUCUGACCAACAACACGAACAGCCUAUAAUUCACCAGGAUCACACCAAAUCCAAUGAAGAUUUGGAGCUAGAAUUCGAAAAGGCCAUCGAAAAACAUCAUAGAGAGUCGUCGGCGCCUCCAGCUGAAGGAAGUAACAGGAACUCAGAGAAUGAAGAACGUGAAAACCUACAAAUGAUUGCCAGUGAGCUCCAAGAAGCAACGGGAAGUAAGCCCCAAUCCCAACAAGUUCAGCCAGAACAACAAGAAGGUUUACUGAGUGGGACACAAGCACACCUGGAUAACCUGGUACCUUCCGGUGGCCCAUCAACAUCAGCGAAGGAUGAUAAUAGAAAGCUGACGUCUUCUCCCAGGUCUAAUGAUCCAGUACCAGACUCAAACGAGACAAAGAGCGCUGAGAACAAUGGCAAGACGGACACCGAUAAUACGAAUGAAAAGAAUAAAGAAGAACAGGAAGUAGUACUACACGAUGGGAUUAAUGUACCUGCCAACUCCGAACUCUUAAAUACCAAUACUGCGUAUGCGGCAUACAAUGCAUUAUCAAGUCAAUUGCCUCCGCUUGCAACUUUGGCUAAUGCGCAUUUGGCAGCUUUACCAUUGCCGAUUGUUGCUAUGGAAUAUUUACCCCCUAGAGUCCAGUUAUUAAUUAAUACUUUACCCACCUUAGACAAUCUUGCAACCCAAUUCUUACGAAUUAUGGCAGUGGGACCGUUCCAGAAGAUUCUUGACCUUACCAGUAACCCAGGUACACCAGCGGGAGCUACAUUUAGGGAUUUGGCAUCAUUAUUAGAUUUCACCAAGAAGUUGUACUCUGAAGAGGAUUUAUUCUUGACUGUAGAACAUUUGGCGCCAGGAUUUUGGAAGAGUGGUGAAAGGACUCCUGCAAUGUUCAGAAGCAGAGAACAAAGUAUUGAGCUGACAUUGAGGAAAGUUAAUUUGGCUACAUUUUUAGGUGCAGUGUUAGGUAUGUUGGAAGUUGGUUUCUACUACCUUAAUGAAUCGUUUUUAGACGUUUUCUGCCCUGCUAAUACACUAGACCCUUCGAACGCGCUAUCAAAUAUGAAUUCCAAUAAUUUACUGCUUCAAAGCGGUGUUAAUACCACUAUCGGAGGAACUGUUGGAAAGCUUUUGAAGGCACAAGCGGUCCUAUACUUGGAUUUGAAAACUCAGGCGUAUAUUUCCGCAUACGAAAAUAAUGAUGGUAGAACAAGAGAGGAGAUCAUUGAAGAUCUCUUUCCAAGUGAUUUAGAAGAAAUAAUGCUCAAUAGAAGAGGAACAAAGACAUUGAGUUCGCAUGAAUUAGACUUUGUCGAAAGGUGUCACUCUAGAAAGGAUACCUUGUUGAAGUUUGACGAUAAUAAGGCACUUGCUGAGGAGUACGAAUGGUUAACUUUCUUGAAGGAGUUGAUCGAAUACUCGAGUAAGAAUAUGGGAUUCUUGAUCUGGGGCAAGAGAAAUAUCGUGAGAGAUAACGGUAUUGGAAGUGUGUCUGGCUCCAGCAUAUCUACCGCUUCUAAUUCAAUGACUGCAAACAAUAAUAAGCAAUCCGACACCCCCCAUAGUCAAGAUCUUCUUAAUCAGUCCGAUGUAGCCGAAAGCAUAAGACAACAAGAAGAAAUAGAAGCAGAACGCCAAAGAGUACUGGAUGCUAUCCACAGCCAUGAUAUAAAUGAUAUCACCAGCAGAUUGUUGCCCUCUGAGAUUCAAGAGCAACAAAUCCAUCUCCGCAUAAACCCUAGGUCCUCUGUGAGAACUGUACAAAGACGUCCAUGGACUAAGGAAGAAGAAUUGGCGCUCAGGCUGGCUUUGGAAUUGAAAGGUCCGCUGUGGUCUACAAUUUUGGAGUUGUUUGGAGCUGGUGGAAAGAUUUCGGAAGCAUUAAAGAACAGAACCCAAGUUCAAUUAAAAGACAAGGCAAGAAAUUGGAAGAUGUUUUUCUUGAAGAAUGCAAUGCCAUUGCCAAAAUACUUACAUAAAGUCACUGGAGACCUUGAAAGAGAAGAUAGAAUGAAGAACAAUAAGAGUAAAAUGAACAAGAAAACUGCAGCUGCUCCCGUUCCGCCAAUCCAAACUAGUCAAAAGUAA